CUAAUCAAGAAGCGGCCGCAACGCAGGGCCCACAAAUAUUUGACGUCUAUUUCGUAAACAGCUUUGGCUUAGCGAUGAAGUUUAAAGUGACACUCAGUCAGAAACUGGACCAGAACGUUCCAGUCACUUGCGUCGGCUGGAGCAACACAGAAGAGGUUUACUCGAUUAGUGAUGAUUCUCAAAUACUUUCGUGGUCCGUAUCCAACAAUCAGCCGACCAAAAUAGCCCAACUAGACAAAGAUCUAUAUGCAACCGACAUCCAGUUUUUACCAAGGGUUGGAACAACACUAGGCAAACACGGUGAUUUAAUUUUAGUGACUUCUGCAGAUGGGAAGUUCCAUAUAAUAAAUAAGACUGGCAGAAUAGAAAGAAGCGUGGAUGCCCAUAAAGGGGCUAUUCUAGUUGGACAAUGGGGUAAUGAUGGCACUGGUUUAUUGACAGGUGGCGAGGACGGUUUUAUCAAAAUCUGGUCCAGAAGUGGCAUGUUAAGGUCUACAGUAGUGAGCAGCGACAACUCAAUUUAUGGAGCCUGUUGGUCUCCAGAUAGUCAGAGCAUAGCGUAUACUCAAGGCAAAUGCGUAAUCGUCAAACAACUAGCUCCUAAUACCAAGCCAUUAAAGUGGAAGGCACACGAAGGUGUUGUACUCUGUUUAGCAUGGAGUGCAGCUUCAGAUAUAAUAGUGUCUGGAGGUGAGGACUGUAAAUACAGGGUUUGGGAUGGUCAAGGACGUCCAAUGUUCUCCAGUGUCCACCACGACCAUCAUAUAACGUCUAUUUCUUGGACACCUUCGGGUGAUCUUUUUGCUGUUGGGUCGUAUAACACUUUAAGAUUAUGUGAUUAUUCGGGGUGGUCUAGAUCUCUGGAGAAACCCAACACUGGUAGUAUUUAUAAAAUGUCAUGGUCAAAUGAUGGCACUCAACUUGCAGGAGCAUGUGCAAACGGGCAUGUGUUCUUCGCCCAUGUGAUAGAAAGGCACUCUCAUUACUUAAAUUACACAGCAUCUCUAAGUGAAAGAAAAGUAGUGACAGUCAGAAAUAUCAUGGACGAUACCGUAGAAUACUUGGAACUACCAGAACGCGUCAUACAAAUGGCAAUGAGAUACGAUCAUUUAGUAAUAACAACCCCAUCCCAGUGCUUCAUCUACAGUACUAGCAACUGGAACACGCCCUUUAUUUUCGACCUUAAAGAUGGAGCUGUCAAUCACUUGGAACUAACAGAAAAACAUUUCUUAGUUAUCGAAAAAAAGAGUAUAGGAAUCUACAACUAUCAAGGCAAGCUAACCGGACAGCCACGUUGGCCAAAUAUGAGAUUAGACUAUCUCAGAGCAGUGCUCUUCUCAUUUUCUAAUGACACUCUAGCCGUAAGAGACGUAAACGAUCAAAAAUCCAUACACAUUAUAGAUUUAUCAAACAACAGGUAUACAAAUGAGUCGUCUGUAUUAAUCCAGCACAGUGCGCCUGUUAUACAGAUAGCUUUAGACCAGCAAGGACCGUCAUCCUGUAGAACUCUAGCUGUAUUGGACAAAUCUCGUGACCUGUAUAUUGUGCAGGUUAGGACUACAAGUAGAUCUUUCUCAAAAUUAGGAAGAAAAAUCGAUUCCUUCAAAUGGAACUCCAACAUAAAUAUUCUAGCCGCCAUACAAGACGCCCAAUUAAUUGUUUGGUAUUGUCCAUCUGCCGCCUUCAAUUCCAAGCUGCUGCACAUGUGCUCCUUGCAAUACGACUCGCCCGAACUGGGUAGAAAUCCAAGAAUAAACGACUUCGUAGGAAACUCCGUUUCGAUUAGACGAGCUGAUGGAUCUUUGAUCAGCGUGCCCAUAUCUCCAUUUCCUGAACUAAUUCACAAGAAAAUACAAGAUAACAAGUGGUCGGAGGCUCUGGACUUGUGCAGAAGCGUCAAUAACGACAUGGUGUGGGCUUGUCUGGCGGUGUUGGCCACCCAGUCUAGCUCGGAGACGAUGGAUAUAGCAGAAGAGGCCUUUGCCAGUAUUAAUAAUUAUGAAAAAGUUAUUUAUAUUCAAUAUAUAAAGACGUUACCAAGUAAAGCUGAACAGAAAGCCCACAUGGCUUUACUAGGUGGCAAAUUGGAAGAAGCUGAAUCAAUCCUACUUCACAAUGGCAUGGUAUUUCAAGCAAUUUACAUUAAUAUAAACAUGCAUAAUUGGACCAGAGCAUUAGAUUUAGCCACUAAACAUAAAACACACGUCGAUACAGUAUUGUAUCUUAGAGAAAAGUAUUUGGAGACAUUAGGAAAAUCGGAAAAUAACAAUAAAUACAGCAGCCUCAAAGAAUCAGUGACUAUUGAUCCCGAGAAAAUUAAAGAAAAAAUUACUGCAGAAGAGAACAGAAUACGACAUUGAUAAAUAUUGUCUUUUUAUUAAAUGUUUUGUUCUUAAAUGUUAUAUUAAUAAAGAAUAUUUAUACUUA